AUGAAUACUCUCGGCUUUUUCUUAUCCGAAAACAAAGAAGUGGAUGUUUCAAGCCAAGAAGAUCGAUCAAAAAGAAGUAAACCAUCUUCUACCUGGGGUCUGGGGCUCUAUAAAAACUCCAAAAGAGAAGAAAGAUAUCACUGUGAAGGUUUGAUAGAGCCAGGCAGAGUAAAAUUCCUUAGAGAUUUCUAUGAAAAGAAUGUUUUUUGUAACAAAAGUGAAAGGGUGAAAAAGAAGUUUUAUAGUUUAAUUCCAAGUGUUCGAGAGAGAGUAAAAAUACUAGAAAACGCCAUAGCCAGGGAGGAGAUUUAA